CCCGAACAGGUAUAUCAUGAUGAUUGAGAUCAACUCCUGGCUCCUUCUAAAAGAGUGGGGCAACCAGGUUCAAGUUCCAAAGGACCAGUAAGUGUUGGUGCAACCCCGCCAUCUCUGGUCGCGUGAAGUUGAAAGAAGAGAAGAGAAGCAGCAACCAUCAAGGUAGAUAGCGUUCCAAGGAAAAAUACCAUAAAAGGGUACGGAGUACCUUCCAGUCUUAUAAGUGUCAAGCUUCAUCUUUUGAUACCCCCGCUUGGACCACUCUUGUAUUCUUUACAUUUGCUGCCGUUGUUUAACUAUCACCUCUGUUCAACAUGUCUAUGAGCGUAGCCGAGUGUGCCCCAGUCCGUGAUGGAUACCCUCGCCCGUUCCCAAACACACCAACAAAUGUAUUGGCGCAGAUGCGUCUGAGCGGAAAGGUUGUCGUGAUCACAGGAGCUGCAGAUGGCAUCGGCUACGCAGUGGCUGAAGCCAUGGCUGAGGCUAAUGCCGAUAUUGCCAUGUGGUACAACUCCAAUGAUGCAGCCGUCGGGAAAGCGCAGGCACUGGCUUCUGCUCAUGGGAUUAGAGCUGCUGCUUACAAGGUCGACGUUUCGGAUGCGGAUGCCGUUCAACAAGCGAUUGCAGAUGUCGCGAAAGACUUUGGCAAAAUUGAUGUGUUUAUCGCAAACGCCGGAAUGGCUAUUUCCAAGCCUCUCCUGGAGCAAACACUGGAAGAAUAUCGGAAGCAGAUGUCGGUGAACGUGGAUGGCGUUCUCUACUGCGCCAAAUAUGUUGGAGAGGUAUUCAAACAACAAGGCUUCGGUAACCUGAUCAUCACCUCUAGCAUGAGUGGCCACAUUGUCAAUGUCCCCGUUGAUCAACCUGUCUACAAUGGCAGCAAGGCCUUCGUGACGCACUUGGGAAAAUCACUUGCUCGCGAGUGGAGAGAGUUCGCCCGUGUUAACAUUGUCUCUCCUGGCUUUUUCGAUACCAAGAUGGGUGCCAGUCCGCAAACGGUCAACGAAGCCUAUCGGAUGGCGCCGCUUGGGAGGCAGGGCCAUGUGAAGGAGAUCAAGGGAUUGUAUCUGUAUCUCGCCAGCGACGCGUCUACAUUCAUGACGGGCAGUGAUGUCCUCAUUGACGGUGGUUACGUGCUACCAUGAGUCAAAUAUGCUUCCACUUUGUUGCUGAUAGUAUUGAUAGUUUGUUUACUUAUCAAGCUGGAUUCCAUGUGAUAGACUACUAGUUAUAGCUGGUGCUCC